GCGCAGAGGGAAAAGGCUGCCAAAGAAAAAGCCGAAAAGACAAAACAAGAAGAAAAAGAGGAAAAAAAAGAAGAAGAAGAAAAGAAGAAAAAGGAAGAAAAUGAGAACCAGAAAAACGAGAGAGCUCGAAACGACAGAGAGCAACAGAGCGCUAGACACAGAAGAAAGAGAGAGCAGAAGAAGAAGACCGGCACAGCCAAAAAAAGACUGCUGGGCGCGCGUGGACCGCGGUCUCUGAG